AUGGUUGUUGAUGCUCUGAGUCAUAACUCAAUAGGGGAGUUGCAGGCUUUGUUUUCACGUUUGAGUUUGGGUGGAGAUAGAGUGUUAGUGGCUCAAUUUCAAAUCAAGUCUACAUGGUCCCAAUGUAUUCGUGAUUUGCAUUCGAGUGACAAGAAGUUGGAAGUGAAAUUCCAACUGGUGCGUGAUAGUUCUAGUGGUGAUUUUUUAUUGAAUUUUAAGAAUGUUUUGUUCUUCCGAGGUAGAUUAUGUGUGCCAAGGGAUGAGAGUUUGAGGCGUGAUAUUCUCUUAGAGGCACAUAGUGUGCCGUUUGUGAUGCAUCCGAUUAGUAUGAAGAUGUAUCGAGAUUUACAAGAGUUGUAUUGGUGGCCGAGUCUGAAUCAUGUUGUUGCUGAGUUUGUUGGGCAAUGUUUAGUUUGUCAUCAUGUUAAAGCUGAGAAUCAGUGUCCUUCGAGUUUGCUGCAACAUAUUAGUAUUCCUUAA